GUGGGACUGGACAGAGUCCCUGUGGCCAAUUUGCUGCAAUUCAGUCUGCCCUCUGUCCUCUCCUAGGGAGACUGCCGCCUUGGCACUCAACCAUCGGAUACAGAAACUGCUGCCACCAUGAGGCCCUUGCGCGUCCUGUGCCUGCUGCUGGUCUUCAGCCUUCCGGUGGCCUCCCGCUACAAGGAGAAGAAGAAGAGUAAGGAGUCCUCUAGGGGUGCAGUGCAGACUCCCAGAAGCAAGGACUUUGCCUUCAGCCUCUACAGGGCCUUGGCUUCUAAAGCCCCUGGCCAGAAUGUUUUUUUCUCCCCCUUGAGCGUGUCCAUAAGCUUGGGAAUGCUCUCCCUGGGGGCUGGCUCCCACACUAAAACACAGAUCCUGGAGGCCCUGGGCCUCAGCAACCAGAAGGGCCAAGAGGACAAGCUCCACAAGCACUUCCAAUACCUGCUACAGAGGUUCGGCCAGCCUAGACAGCGUCCAGCUGUCCAGCUGAGCCUGGGUAGCGCCCUUUUUGCAGACCCAGCAGUACAUAUUCGAGACAGCUUCUUGAAAGCAUUGAAGAUGCUAUACAUGUCAGACAUGUUCUCUACCAACUUCGGGAACCCCGAAAGUGCUAAGAAGCAGAUCAAUGACUAUGUGGCCCGUCAGACCAAGGGGAAGAUUGUAGACUUGAUCAAGGAUCUCGAUAGCACCCACGUCAUGGUGAUGGUAAAUUAUAUCUUCUUUAAAGCCAAGUGGAAGACGGGUUUCAGUGACAAAAACACCCACCAGAAAGAUUUCCAUGUGACUCCUGAGAGGACCGUAAAGGUGCCCAUGAUGAACCGUGAAGAUGAGUAUUCCUACAUCCUGGACCGAAAUAUUUCCUGCACGGUGGUGGGAAUCCCUUACCAAGGCAACACCAGCGCUCUGUUCAUUCUCCCCAACAAGGGAAAGAUGAAGCAGGUGGAGAAUGGCUUGAAUAAGAGAACGCUGAUGAACUGGCUUAAGAUAUCCACAAAAAGACGCUUAGAUCUUUACCUCCCCAAGUUCUCCAUUGAGGGUACCUAUCAACUGGAGAAAAUCCUCCCCAAGCUGAACAUCAAGGAUGUCUUCACCUCCCAUGCUGACCUGUCUGGCAUAACUGACCACACCAGUAUCAAGUUGUCUGAGAUGAUGCACAAAGCUGUGGUGCAAGUAGACGAGGCGGGGACCAGUGCAGCUGCCGCCACAGGAUCGCUCAUGAUGCUCAGAUCUGCUCGACCAAGCUCUAUGAAGACAGAAUUCAACAGGCCCUUUUUGAUCGCCAUUAUGAGUGAUAUGAAUCUCCUUUUUGUUGGCAAAGUGGUCCAGCCCUGAGGUAGGACUCCCUCUGAAACCUGCAAGCUUACCCAGAGGGAGCCAGGCACACAUUACAGUCUGUUCAUGUCUUGGUAGUUAAUGGUUUGCACAAUGUAGAUUGACUAACUUGGUGUCGUAAAUACUAAGAUCAAUACACCAAUGACUUCUUCUUUGAUCACAGUUGCAGGAUGUGUGUUCUUGCCCUCAUCUUUCAUCAGUGAUUGAUACUGAUCCUAAAGGGACCAGUUGAUUUCUCCAAGGUCCCAACACCAUAGUUGUGUCGUAGUCAUUCUCAGACACCACCCAUUUGUGCUCAGUCUAGCACUAUAAAGCUCUAUAAGAGACUGGGCACAUAGAUAAAGGCUAGCAGGAAUCACAUUCUUAAACCUGGUCUUCCACCUCAGUUCGUCAUGGUUGGGCAGAAGUUCUGGAAUGGCACUAAUAGCUACGUAACAUGGGAAGGACAAUGCUCCUCUCUGGGCCUUUCUUUCUUUGUGUAUCUGAUGAAGGAUCAGAACAAGAAGCCCGUCCAGCAAUCUGUGAAAUUGUUACACAAGGUCAGCUGCUCUAUGCCAGCUAACCUUGUGUAUAUCAACCUUGGUUGAUGUAAGAACUCAGUUUAGGUAGCAUUCUUGAGCAUCAGGGUUGAAGUGAAUCACCACGAACAAAGGAAUCACCGCUAGCUGCGGUGGGAUAAUAGAGGUCUGUUGCAAACAGUAGAACAUGGAUUGCCCACUGGCUUGUUGAUUUUGACCUUGGCAAUAGCAAUAAAACGUUUUGCAAAGA